UUCCGGCCCCUCCCCCCCGGGGCCCCGCAGCCGUCCUGCGCGUGGCAGGAAGAGCCCCUCCCCCCCCCGCCCUUCCUGCCCCUCCCCCCCCCCGGGAACGAGGCGGGAGGAGGGGGGAGGGGAACGGAGGCGGCUGCGCCCCAUAGCGGUGACCGGCCCCAUAGCAGUGACCGGCCCCAUAGCAUCGACCGGCCCCAUAGCGCCGACCAGCCCCACAGCGGUGACCUGCCCCAUAGCAUCGACCUGCCCCAUAGCGCCGACCAGCCCCACAGCGGUGACUGGCCCCACAGCGGUGACCUGCCCCAUAGCAGUGACCGGCCCCACAGCACUGACCAGCCCCAUAGCGGUGACCGGCCCCACAGCGGUGACCGGCCCCACAGUGCUGACCGGCCCCAUAGCGGUGACCGGCCCCACAGCGGUGACCUGCCCCACAGCGCCGACCGGCCCCACAGCACUGACCGCUCCCAUAGCCAUGACCGGCCCCAUAGCGCCGACCGGCCCCAUAGCGGUGACCAGACCCAUAGCGGUGUCCAGCCCCAUAGCGGUGGCUGCUCCCCAUAGGGAACCCAGACAUCUGUGCCCCAUAGCAGAGCCCAGGCCCCACUGGGGCGUCUAGACCCCAGAGAGGACCCCAUAGCCCCACAGCAGCAUUAGAGCCCCAUAUGGGACCCAGGUGUGUCACCCCAUGACAGUGUCUGGGCCCCACUGAACUCUUUGGGCCCUAUGGCAGCAUCCAGGCCCCACAGAGGGCCACAGUGAUGCCCCGCCCCACAGCAGUGUCCCUGCCCCACAGCGACGUCCCUGCCCCACAGCAGUGUCCCUGCCCCACAGCGAUGUCCCUGCCCCACAGCAGUGUCCCUGCCCCACAGCGAUGUCCCUGCCCCACAUCACUGUCCCUGCCCCACAGUGAUGUCCCUGCCCCACAGCGAUGUCCCUGUGCCACAGCAGUGUCCCUGCCCCACAGUGAUGUCCCUGCCCCAGAGCGAUGUCCCUGCCCCACAGCACUGUCCCUGCCCCAGAGCGAUGACCCUGCCCCACAGCGAUGUCCCUGCCCCACAGCCCUGUCCCUGCUAAAGAGCAAUGACCCUGCCCCACUGCGAUGUCCCUGCCCCACAGCCCUGUCCCUGCCCCAGCGCAAUGUCUCUGCCCCAGAGCAAUGUCCCUGCCCCACAUCGAUGUCUCUGUGCCACAGUGAUGUCCCUGCCCCGGAGCAAUGUCCCUGCCCCACAGCCCUGUCCCUGCCCCACAGCGAUGUCCCCCAUUGGCGUCAACAGGAAGGGGGGUGCCGGUGCCAGCGGGGGGCGGGGGAGGGGGUUCCUUCCUGGCGGGGGGGAGGGGCACUGGGGGGUGUCUCCCCUCCCCCCCCCCCUUUAUCAUCUCCCCACCGGCCCCACCCCACUGAGCCCACAGCAGCCACAGCGCGGCCACCGCGACCCCCAACCCCGCCGCGACCUUGACCUGCCCUUGACCCCCCCCGCCCGUGUCCCCGCAUGACCCCGGCGCUGGGCUGGGGGGUGACCCUGGGCUUGGCCCUGGGCGCGGUGGGGUGGGGGCUGCUGGUGGCCUCCCUGCCCCAUAGCGUGUGGGGCAUGGCCGGGGGUCAGGCCACCGCCGUGGCCUCCGUCGCCAUCACCCGCGGGCUCUGGAACGACUGCGCCACCGACGCCAGUGGGGUGACAUCGUGUGUGCCCCUCGUGUCCCUCAUCACCCUGCCCGGGUACCUGCAGGGCUCCCGGCUCCUCGCGGUGCUCGCAGCGCUCCUGGGGGUGCCGGGGCUGGCGCUGGGGGGGGGCAGCGGCGCGCGCAGGAGCGCCCGCGCGGCAGGGGGCGCCCUUCUGCUGCUGGCAGGCCUGUGCUCGUUGGCAGCUGCCGGUUGGUUCGCGGCCGCCACCAGCCAGGAGUUCUUCGACCCCCAACACAACGGAGUCCGGUUCGAGCCGGGCCCGGGGGUGCUGCUGGCGGGGGGGGGCGGGGCCAUGGCCGCGGUGGGCGGGGCCGUGGUGAUGGCGGCCGCGAGGGGCCCCCCCCGGAGCCGCAGCGCCCCUCCCCCGGCCGCCAGCCUCGGGGACAAGUACGUGCGGAACGCCUACGUGUGACGUCACGGGGUCACGGCGGGGGCAAACCCCGCCCCCCCAUCGGCGGGCAUCGACCACCCCCCCCCCCCAACGAGGACCCACCAGCGCCCCCCCAAUUGCCCCCCAUUGCCCCUACUGCACCCUCAUUGCCCCCCAUAGUGCCCCCAUUGCUCCCCAUACUGCCCCCAUUGCACCCCAUUGCCCCUCCCAUUGCCCCAUAGUGCUCCCCAAUUGCCUCCAUUGCCCCCCCAGUACUCCCCAAUUGCCCCCCAGUGCUCCCAGUGCCCCCAUUGCCCCCCUCAGUGCCCCUCAAUUGCCCCCCGUAGUGCCCCCAUUGCCCCCCUUAGUGCCCCCAUAGUGCCCCCAUUGUACCCCCAUUGUACCCCCAUUGCCCCUCCAUUGCCCCCCAUUGCCCCCCAGUUGCCCCCACGGGCAGGCAGGGGCGGGGGGGGGCCGUUCUGGUGUGUCCUGGUGUAAACCGGGGUCCCGCGGGCGCCAAUGCCCCCCCCCCAAACCCUC